AUGAACAUGAACGAUAUCAUCUAUGGCGAUGAUGAAGAUUCCAGCACGACAUUGCCAAAUCGUCUUGAUCGAAAUCAAUCUACUUCCCCAAUCAGAAACAACUGCAGCCCGUCUGAGGACUUGGAGGAGGCUAACCAUCGAGAUUUAUUUGGGUCUGUACCCCUCGAUGAUACUACCAUGACCGAUCGACCCGAUCCCAAUCCGUCUCCGCAAGAUGACGACAAUGUUGCUCAAGUUUGUUCCGAUCUCCAAGAAAAACUUGAGCUUGAUCCUGCUCACUUGAAGAUUGCUCUCCUCACUAGCAAGUGUGCACCAGAAGCAAGACAUGCGAACUCGAUCUUUGCUAAUGCCGCAUUCCAUCAGCUCGAUGAGGCCAAACAAAACGGAACGGUCAAUCACAUAUAUGACGAGGCAUUUAAAGAAUUUAUUAAGACAAAGGCUCGGAUGUUCUUCCUCAUCCCAAGUCUGGAGGCAUACUCUAACAACCCACACAAAAAUGGGACCCUUGCAAGGUCUUUAUACUAUCUCACCCUAGAUGCAAUUGAGAAGCAGUCUGAUGAUUGGAAGGAGGAGCAUCUCCCUCCAGCUUUGAUUCAGGAGACUGAAGGCGCCCUUGGGGCCUAUCGGAAUUUUGUCGGUGUCCUUCUGAAAUAUCAGCGCAGCCAUCUCCGCACACUGCUUCUCGCAAACAUCCUAGAAACCCAAAGGAUUUCAAUCAAGGGGGCUGUUCCUCAUCGCGAUAAAAUGAUUGCCGGUAUCUAUUCCGAUCUCCCACCAAACAACGAAAAGAUGUCCCGGUCACAAAUCGAAGUUCAGGUUGCCCAGAACAGUGUGAUGCGAAUCCGAAUGACAUACGCACGAUUAGUUAUGGUUUACUACUAUGCACAUAUGCCCAGCAAGGCAUCUCAGUGGGCCGCAAUCGAUGACCGAUUGCGUGUUCUUAGAACUUCAUCAAAACGCUUUCAACAAGCGCACGCACAACUUGUCUUAGACAAAGACGAUGAGUUGUUCUCCCAUGGGAGGGAUUACAAGUCCUUCCGUAAGGAGGAGCUUGUUCUUCCCACCCUUGAUGAUGUUAAAGCCUCCCUGGCUUCUUCAAGCUCUACCCAGUAA